AUGGAUUCCAAGACGGACGCAUUGUACAUGCAGGACAAUGACGCCGUCUCUGCCAACGCUACCGUCCUUGCCUGCUUCCCUUUGCACGAGUUGGAAGAGGAUCUGAAACCUCUCUUCAAGGGCGCGCCCGAUGCGUCGUUCGUCGUGGUCACAGACCGUACGGCGUUCUACGCCCAGGGUGGCGGCCAGCCCGCAGACGCUGGACAGAUGCAGAUGACCUCGUCUUCCCCCGACAAGACGGCUAUCUUCACGGUUCACGGUGUCCGCAAAGCCCCAAGCGGUGCCAUCCUGCACGUGGGCACAUUUGAGGACGGGCCAUUCACCAAGGAAGACGCCGUGGACCAGACAGUCGACGCAGCGACGCGUGAUUUGCACUCACGCAUCCACGACGCAGGCCACAUCAUCGGGCUCGCGGUGCACGCGCUUGUCGACAAGAUCGGCCCGGUGGAGGACACGAAGGCGCAGCACUUUCCGGCCGUGUCCUACGUCGAGUUCAAGGGCACGAUUGACGGCGCGCACAAGGCGGCCAUUGAGGCGCAGGCCAACGAGAUUGUGGACCGGGACCUGCCCAUCCAGGUCAAGUGGUGGACCCUGGAGGAGUCGAGGGCGCGCUGCUGGUGUAUACCGGAGGAGCUCGUCCUCGAAGAGGGUGAGAAGGCGAGGGCCGUGGACGUCCCUGGCCUGGGAGCGUAUCUGUGCGGCGGCACGCACAUGAAGACCACGGGAGGUGUGGGCAAGAUAGAAGUGAAGAAGAUUAGCAGAUCCAAGGGUUCGAGCAAGAUCUCCUAUGCGAUGAAGGCGUGA